CACCCACGGGUGCCACCCCAACCCCAAGCCGGCGCGUCCCCGUGGGACGUGUCCCCACGAGCCGAGUCCUCGCGUGAGGGCGAGACGGCGGCUCUCCUCCUCCGUCCCCCGUGGCGUCACCCCGUGUGUGUGUGUCCGUCCCCCCCCCCGGGGGCCGAGCGGGGCGGUGGCAGCGUGGGGACAGACCCCCGUGGGGCAGAGAGAGCCCGGCGCGGGAGAAGCGGGGCGGUAGGAACCGGUCUGGCAGCCCGGCCAGCCACCGGUUUCGGCUAAUCCCGCCGAAAGCCGCCGCCGGAGCCACGCUCCCGCCGGUCGCCCCUUAACUCCUGGCUGCCCGAAACACGUGCCGCGUGCCGUCCCGGUACCUGCCGGAGACCUGCCCUCGAGGUCGGCGGGGUGACGACCGAGCCCGGCACGGUGCCGCGGUCCGUGCCGGCACCCCGGAGCCGCCGCGGGCCGUCAGCCGCCAUCGGGGUUCAGCCCUGGGUUCCCCCAUCAUGAAUAUUCAGCCGUGCCCUGGCCCGGCCCCGUUGUUUGCUCAGGCAAGGAAGGGUUUGGUCGAGGGUUCACCUUGACGGGGAGCAAACGGGGGCAGCGGCAGGUAGACGGCACCGUGCCCGUGCACCGCAGCCGGAGCCGCCCCGGCUAACCCCUGGGAACCCCGGGCUGGGCGGCCGCAGCGGAGGCGCGGGAGGUGCAGGGGCCGGCGGCGAUGGCCGACAGCCAUGGCUGGUGGAAGCUGACCUUCCUGCGGAAGCGCCAGUCAGCGCCCAAGGUGCUGUACGAGAACCCCGACAGCCACGCUGCCGCCGCCGGCGAGAGCCAAGAGGGGCCGGGUGAGGACGGACCGCCCGGCUUCGCCGCCCGCCUGGAGAAGAUCGUGGACAAGAGCAGCAAAGGCAAACACGUCAAGGUCUCCAACUCGGGACGCUUCAAGGAGAAGAAGAAAGUGCGGGCGACGCUGGCUGAGAACCCCAACCUCCGUGCCGCCGGCGAGCGGGAGGAGAAAUGACCCGGCCGGUUGUCACCCCCCGGCCACCGCCACCGGCUGUCCACAGCGGCUCGACUCCAUCCCUCCCGGGGACGCUGGAUUGUGGGGCUUCGGAAGCAGAAAGGACUUGGACUGGGGUUUAUUUAAGGGAGAAACAAGGACCCUGUUUAAUUGCAGCCCCCGGGCUCGCGGCACCCCAGGGGCAGAGGGAGAAACCCCCUCUUUCCCAGCCCCCCACGGGCAGGGGGAGCCCCCCCGAGGCUGACUGGUUCAUACUGGGAUGAGGACGCUUGCCGCAGCUCGGUCGCUUGCCACGGACCACUGGAGCCCAUCUUUCACCCAGCUCUGCCCCAAGUGCCGACGGCCCCGAUCCCAAUCCCCUUCUGCCCAUCACUCCUGCGGGGGCGAGACCGGGGGACCCCCCGCCUCGUCUCCCAAGCCCAAGGGGCCGCGUAGCCACAGGCAGAGCCACCGAUGCCGCGUCCUUGCCAUCAUUUGCCCCCAAACCAGAGGACAUGAUGCUUCCCUGCCUCGAGGGAAUGACCCUGUGGGCAAAGUCCCCCCACCGCCCAAGCUGCCUCCAUGGGGACUGAGGAGGACUCUGAGCUUCCCGGGAGGAGCUGUAUUCCCGUCAGCAUCCAGGAAUCGCUCCCUGUUCCCAGAAAGGGAGAACCGACCACGGAGCACGGUGCCAGAGCUGACCCCGGGGACAGCCGCCACGGCCGAUCUGGCAGCCCCGCUGUUUGUUUGGGUUGGAAGCUAAGCCUUUAGUCAGCUCUCGUGACUGCUGAUAAUUAACUGUUGUUAAUAAACGAGGUCUGGAAGCAAA